AUGCCUAAGUUCACUAAUCUCGCCCUAAUGCACACCAAAGCCGGUACCCUCAAGUCUCCUCCCUCCCUCCAAGGUCGAAAGAAGGCCGACUGUGUCAAAAGCCACCGCCUGUCUGAUAUCGUGACCAAACAGUUCACACCAUUCCUCAUCAGGCAAGCUACUGGUCAAGCUGCCGGUCAAUCUGUUGAACCCAAAAAAGCACAGGGUGAUCAGGAGUUGGAAAGGGAUAUCAACAAGUGGAUGUGUCUCCCUGAGGGUAUGAAAGGUACUUGUGAGGAGGCCAAAGCCAAUGGGACCAGGUCUUUUAAGAUUUUCAAGGGCAAGAUUGGGAAUGGCAUUGAGGUAUUCUUUGACGUUGAUAUGUCUCAAUCUUUGAAUAAAGUUGGCACUCUUGUUAACAAGAGUUUGGGGGAGCUCAAUAAUGCUGCUCUUACUUACAAGCAAGUUGAAGUUCCUGCAGUUCCCGGUGCCUUUUAUCUUGCCCUUGAUAAACAUUACACCCGAAUGUUUGUCUACUUUAGCAAGGGUAUGGGGAUGGUCUACGGAGUUGAAAUUGGGAACUUAGUUCUGAAGUCUACAACAUACAACAUUGAGGAAUAUCCUGAACUCCAACUACCUGAUAUUCCGGAUGCCAAAAUUGUUAGGCAUGCUGCGUACCAGAAUUGGCUUCUUGCCAAUGCUAAUCUUUGUUGGGCUAAUUGUUCACGGGCUGGUGUUUACUAUUGGGGUAUGGAGAUGGAAAGAGGUCAUAAUGAUGACGCUGUCAUCACCAAAGAUACUCUCAAAACAUCUCAACACAUGAAUCCCGUUCUCCUCCGGCUCUUUACCUCAUUAGGCAAUCUUACUAUAUCCAAAAGAAUUUUGCUUGUUUCAGGUGACAAAAAUAACAGAGAUCUUUGUGUCAAAAUAAUCACGGUUUUGCCCACGGCAGAGAAACAGUGGGCAACUGAUGAUCAAGAAUGUUUAUCUUUGAGAGCAUGUUUGAUUAAUAUGUUUACUGAACCUCAUUAUGAUAUUGGUGAUUUAAAAGAUGUAUAG